AAAAAUCAAUUCAAAGAAGAAAAAUAAAUAAACAGAAAAUAAGAAAAAAUGCUUCUCAGAAGUGCUUCCACACCGAUAUUGAGUAAGGAAUCGGACGUGGGUCUCCGGAUAACGAUCACCCGGACCGUAUCCAUGCCUCUCUCGACGAUGAAGAUCCCUCGAACGACGUCGGAUGGCAACCUCAGGCCCUGGAGCCGUGCUCUACCGAAGGAGGAAAAGAAUCUCUCUGAGUUGAUCAGGGGCUCGAUGGGGUUGGAAUUGGAUGAAGGGUGUCAUGGCGGCGGCGGCCUUGUUGGCGGUGGCGGUAGGAGUGGCGGUGGAGAUGGGAGUGAAGGGAGACGGGAAUGGGGUAAUGGGAGCGAGAGCAUGGAUGGGUAUUACCAGAAGAUGAUCGGAGCGUACCCUGGUGACGCUCUUCUUCUCGGAAACUAUGCCAGGUUCUUAAAAGAGGUACGAGGUGAUAUAGUGAAGGCUGAAGAGUACUGUGAAAGAGCAAUUUUGGCCGAACCCAGUGAUGGAAAUGUAGUGUGUCUCUACGGGGAGUUGAUAUGGCAGAGACACAAGGAUGCUCAUCGUGCUCAGUCCUACUUCGAUCAAGCCAUUCGCUCUGCGCCUCAUGACUGUUACGUUCUUGCUUCAUAUGCUAAGUAUCUUUGGGAUGCCGGAGAAGAUGAUGAUGAUGAUGAUGAGCAGGAAGAUGAUCGUGGAAAAAGCGGCACUCCGGAAUGUACAUCUCCGGCCAAUCUUUAUCCUACGGCAACACCACUUUUGGCAACUCCUCCUCCAACUUAAACCAUAUAUUAUUAUUAUUACACGGCAAAGAGAAAUAUUAUAUGUCUAAUUUUAAGAUUAAACUUUUUUUCCCGGAUUGUGUUUGGACGUUUUGGUAUGAUUGGGAAGUACGUUCCUUAUCCUGUUUCAGAUUCCUCUCUCCAUCCCAGUACCAUUCUUGUCUUGUAUUGAUGGUUAGCUCUCUUCCUUGCUCA